AUGAGUCUCAGUACAGGAAUAGACGAUGAUCAUGUGGGAGAUCUUUAUGCAUGGCUUGAUGAAAUUCCACUGUCACGUCCCAAACGAAACGUGGCGAGAGAUUUUUCUGAUGGAGUUUUGAUGGCUGAGUUAUUGAAACGAUAUUAUCCGAGGUAUGUCGACGUUAAGAAUUACAUUGCUGCAAGCAGCAUGGCUAGAAAAGUUGACAACUGGAGCACAUUGAAUCGCAAAGUGUUUCCGAAAAUUCAUUUAAAACUUAGCAAAGAAACUAUAAAUAGAUUAGCUCAGUCGCAUCCCGGUAUAAUAGAGAAACUUUUACUCGAAGUUAGGUCUAAAAUUGUUAAGGAUUGUAACGCGGACCGAGAUUCUCUGUUUAAAGGAAUUGAUGAUCCUGAAAGUCGUGAAACUAUAAAGUCUAUUACAAGUCCUGAAGAAUCAUUGAAUCAAACCAUACCUCGCAAAGUUUUUAUAAAGGUGAAAAAAGACUUAGAAGAGAAAACAGAAACUAUUCACAUACUGAUAAAGAAAAUUGAGCAUUUAGAAACUAUGAUAAGAUUCAAAGAUCAAAGAAUUGAAGAUUUAAUGACUCAAAUUCAAUCUUACAUUGAGAAACCUUGAU